UUUUUAUUAGAAACUAGGUCAAAAUAGCUUGAUAUAAAAAAAAUACAUAUUUUAGUUUUUUCUGUUAGUUUGUACAAUUAUUCAGUAAAGAAACAUGUCUUUUCAGAUUAUAUAUUUGAUGACCAUCAUUUACCAUAUGAUUUCUACACAUAAUACUUUAUUCUUCUAUUCUUACCUAAAGUAUUGCAGUUUCCCAGCAUGUUUAUAAAAGACUGAACAUUUCUAAAUGCAGUUGGACUAAUCUAAUUUUCUUGUCUGUGAAUAAAUUGAAAGUUCCCAAUCUACUUGAGGAAUGCAAUUCAGAUGCAUUCUAGGUUUUUAAGAAAUAAGGUAAUGUUUGUAAUUGUGACUGAUUUCUUGAUGUAAUAACACCUGACAGAGUUACAUUGAUUUCCAAUAAAUUGUGUUUUCUUGUGCAUGGCCUCUUCAGUAUUGCUUUUUUACUUUAACUGUACUAGGGCCUCUGUGGCUCAGCAUAAAGAGCCAGCUGUAAAAAAGACAGCUGUAAGAUUGUGAGUUUAUUUCUAGCUUCCCCAAACCACAUUGCAAAGUGUCCUGUACAAGACAAUUGUGUUCUUUCUUUGGAAAUAAAAGAGUGGAAAAGAUUGAAAAGUUCAACAGCAAACUCAAUUUAUAAAAAACUGGGGUAGAAAGGAGCUCUCCAAUACAGUCUUCCCUCUCCAAGGAAAUGAUGGUUUCUAGAUCGAUCGAUAGAUCGCAGCCCUUUACAGCAGACUGCCGUGAAUUAUGAGGAUCUCCCGUACCAAGAUGGCUGCUGCUUCCACGUAAUGUUACAAUCAGCAGCCAAGUCACAGCGAUAUCUUGUUUUGAGGGCAUAAUGACGUCACAUCCGCCGUCAGCAUCACCGAGUUAGCUCGGAGUAGCUCUCAGCUUAAACCACUGCUGACGGUCAUCCAUGAGUCGCAAAAGAACCCCCAGUUUUCUGGAAACAAAGCGGUCUCCUGAGCUCUACUGCGCCUUCAUGGACCUCGCCGGGACAACGAACAGAGAUGACGACGAUUGUAUGGAGCUGGAACGCGAGGAGGAGCUCCUGUGCUCGGUCAGCGACAUCACGGAGCACCUAAAGAGAAACAUAGCCGUGGUUCUGGAGACAGCUCAGGCGGAGAUCCAAAGAGUGGUCAGUAUCCGGAUACAAGUCCUUAACAUGGAGCUGCGCGAGAAAAAUAAGGAGAUUGAAAAGUUAAAGGCUAAGCUUGAAACAGUUCAGAGGGAUGGAAGAGAUGGCUUAACGAGUGUGGAGCCUUCCACGGAGCCUGGCUGCAUGAAAUUCCCUUUCAAUCCUGGAUCCAAGCAUACCAGCGUCGAUUCUAGGAGAGCCAAAUCUGUCAUUCCCGAGGUGAAGAGGGAGAACAUAGAUGCUAUUUGUGAUUAUCUGAUGAAAGACAAGAACUCGAAGGGUUGCGGUGAAAUGGACGCGGAGCUGGUUAGCCAAGCCAGAGGUGAAAAAGAGGUUGAGGAAGAACCGGAAAUGCACUCUCUGAACCUGUGGUCGGACAAUAGGGUGGAUGCUUCAGGGCCGGUGCGAGGAGACCCCGACUCCACUUCAGAUUACAUCUUCAGUAUGCCUCCCAUCGGCAGCAAACGGAUGUAUGACUAUGAAUGGGCAGCACCAGGGGCAUGUUCUUCAGACCUGAAAGACCUGAAGCAAUCUGAAUGUGAAAACACUCGAGCCAGCGUGCUUGAGGACGAUGGGAGUGUAGAAGAGUUGUCCAGGAUGGAGGGCAGUGGACAGAAGCAAACCCACGUUUGUUUUCCACAUGUCCAGCUUUCUGAGUGCUCCUCGAAGCCCCAGAGCCCCCCAGGGAUGGAACGGAGUUCCUUGGAAGACAACUCAGACCGGCUUGAGGCAGGCCAGCAGUAUACAAGUCACACCUACAUCUGUUCACUUUGUGGAACCUUUUGUCCUGACUCUGUGUUUCUGGAGGAUCAUAUCAAGCUCAUACACCCAGAUGCUGAUGAUACCCAGGUCUCCAGGGCCCAAAAGUUCAUCUCCUCAGGUGGACCCACUGUGGAAGAUGGUAGCAGUGAUUCUGUUUGCAUUGGAAAGGGGACUAGUGAGGGCAGCCCAGGAAUAAGCUCUGGUUUUAGCAUUGGUCAAGGAGGGGGACCUGGGAAAAAAGAGAUUAAAACUGAUGGGGGUUAUGAAUGUGGGGACUGUGGUCGUCAUUUUAACUACCUUGGCAACCUACGGCAACACCAGCGCAUCCACACAGGAGAAAAACCUUUUAUGUGUCCAGAAUGUGGCGAGAGAUUUCGCCAUGCCGCCCGAUUAAAAAGUCACAGAUUGGUUCACAGUGGUGCCCAGAGCCCUUUCCCUUGCCCACAGUGUGGGAAAGGUUUUUCAGUGCUUUCUGGUCUCAAGAGACACCAAAGGGUGCACACUGGUGAGAGUCCAUAUGCCUGCCCUGAGUGUGGUCGAUGCUUUAAAGAGCUAGGAAAUCUGUACACACACCAGAGGAUCCACAGUGGGGCUACUCCUUACUGUUGCCAACAAUGUGGGCGCUGUUUCCGCCAUCUAGGUACAUAUAAGAGUCACAGGUGCUCUCCAGCACCAUAACCCACCUUUAAAGUACACUGAUCAUAAUAAUCAUGAAAGAUGAAGUAAAGACAAGUUGUGACAUAGACCCUGAGAUCAUUUUUGGUUACUUUUACACAGUCUAAGACAGUGGGAUGCACUAAUAAUUUGGAAAACACGGUUAGAGAUGAUCAUAAAGCGUCUCUGAAAAUGUUUUUACCUGUCUGCAGACAUUAAGAGAGCAUGUUUCAUUAAACUUCCUAGUUCAUUUUUGACCUGUAGCAACAUUCUCAGGUACUAAACAGUCACUUAUUUUAUGGGUUUUAUCCAGAUCCCACUGUAUAUCCCAUUAAAGGGGAUAUACCGAUUCCUAUUAAGGCUGUAGGUAUUUUCAGGUUUUUGGACUGUAUGCCUUUGUGGUCUAUAAUUAUUUUGGCAAUAUUUUACUUGUGACGUUUCCGUGUGAAAUAGUACAUUUCAUGAAACAAUGUUCAUAGAUUAUUUCAAAUUUAUUUGAAACCACAAAUAAAACCGGUAAGAUAUUUUAUAUGACAUUUCACAUUGUUGACAUGACUUUCCAUGUCUGUAUGCAUUUUAACACAGUAUUGUACAAUGUAGUGAAAGGUUUCCUUAUGUACAUGACUGAAUUCUUACAUAAGCUCACUGAGACAAGGCUUAAUUUCUCCUGAAAGGUGAUAGUUUUGUACCAUUAUAUGCACCUCACUGAACUGGACCAGAAUGAGUUCACAAAGAAGAUUACAGAUAUCUGUUAAAGGCUACGAGAUCAUCUCCAAGCAUGCUCCUGCGACUGAAGUUGCCAAAUAGGAAUCAGGGAAAUCCAUCCACAACCAUUGUAUUUGAACCAUAAUGGGCUCCAUGGAAGAAGAUGAAGGAGGCCUCCACUACUGACAGAAAAAACAUAAAGCCAGAUUUGCAUUCACCAACAUGCAUGUUGAUGAGCCCAAAGUAUCCAAAUCCAACUGGAUGCCAUUAAACGUUUGCCCGUUUUAAUUCAGACA